CCCAUAUAGGAAGUACAUGUACAGUAGUCAGCAGGGAUUACAGUUGGAGGAAAAAUUACUUGUUCCUUCCUGCUACAAAGUGACCCUUUUCAAGGUGACAUAAAGAUGAGUAUUUGGUAUCUUGUCUUCCUCUCUCCAUUUUUAUUGUCAGAUCCUCAGAAUUGUCCUAUCAUGAAUAUUGACACCUUUCUUGGUCUCAUAAAGGAGCUGGAGACCGCUCUGCCAGAUUCUUCUGCUCAGGAUCUUGCUCAACUCCUAAUUUCAACCAUUACUUUACCAUCCAGCUCCCCCGAGGUUCUUAGUGCUGAGCAAGCAUCUCUUAUCCACACUUUAUUAACUCACAAAGUCGUGGCAUCAAAAGGCGAGAGCUGGCAGGAGCAAGGAGUUGUCUUGGCCCCUGAUGGAAGCACGGUGGCAAUAAUACCCUUUCUUAGAGCUAUGCUCUGGGGAUGGAAAGUUGAUUGGAAAUGUGAGAAUCUACAAGAAGACAAUCCAUCUCUCGCAAUGUCUUUGGCAUUGGGUUUUGCUAAAUCUGAAGUGCCUCGGAAAGCACCACGAGAUUUUCCUGAUGGAUUCUGGGAUUCCAUUUCUAUGCCCAAAACCUUCCAAUUACAAGGAGCCCCUUCAAAGUGUGACCUAACUCUAGCUUAUAUCAAUGGUGCCUUGGAUGGCACUCUGCUGAGAGAGAUGCUAAUCAAAGAUACCCAGAAAAUGAGUUCCUUACUCCAGUCAUACUACUGGGGACGACCAACAAAGAGUGCGUUCCGGAGACAGGGCUUCCAGGAUCUGCUAAAGGAGGGGCAGUUAGCAGAUGAAAUACGUAAAGGAAUUAAUUGCUACAGAGAACAUGCUGAAGAUCAUGACCUACAUGCUAUCAAAGAUGAGCUGUUGAACUCCAUUGCUCAUGAAGUGGCCAAAGUGUUCGAACAGCAGUAUUUAGAAUGUCCUGCUGUGAUACCUCGCUGCAUGUGGGAGGCCAAGCCAUAUAAAGGCACCCCAACUUUACUAAAGCCACCCCUGUCUCAUGUCUAUAUCCAUCAUACAGCAGAGCCCUCUAGGCCUAGUGUCUCCUUCCAGGAAUCUGCAGCAAACAUGCGCAGUAUGCAGAGAUUCCACCAGGAGGAUCGAGGCUGGGAUGACAUUGGCUACAGCUUUGUGGUAGGUUCUGAUGGAUACCUGUAUGAAGGACGUGGCUGGCACUGGGUUGGGGCUCACACCAAGGGCUACAACUCUGUGGGUUAUGGCAUUAGCUUCAUUGGAGAUUUCACAUCAUCAGUUCCUGAUACUCGCAUACUGAAACUGGUCAAAGAUUUCUUGAAGUGGGCCGUGAGAUCUGGUUACAUCGUGCCUAACUAUACCAUUCAAGGUCAUCGACAGGUUGGUAACACCACAUGUCCAGGAGAUGCUCUUUUCCAAGAGAUUACCAGCUGGGAGCACUUCACCAAGGAAUCCAAAUAAAGAUUUAUCACAGAUCAAGGCUUCAAACCCUUCUGUUUUGUACUUAAUAAAGUUUUAGCAUUUUAGUUUCUG